GCGGCCCCACCCCGGCGGCGCCGCCCGCCCGCCCGCGCGUCUCUUAGUCCACCUGCACCAGGCAGGAAAGCAGGCUUCCCCGGCUCUGCGGCCGUCAGGCGCCCGGAGCCCGCAGCUUGGGGCUCUUCCUCCCAGGCGGAGGGAUCCACGGCGGCCGAGGAGGCGGCGCUGAGCCUACGAGGAAGAGGCAGCUACGGCGGCGGAGGCUGUGGUCGCAGCGCAUAAAGGGGCCGCCGCCGGGUGAUGCGGUGACCGCUGCGGCAGGCCCAGAAGCUGAGUGGGCCUCGGCCCUCAGCUCGUCGGAUCCGCGCUUCGGAGCUCCCGGUCUUCUCCGGCCGACUCGCGACCGCUCGGGCGGUCUCAGGCCCCCUCGCCCCUGCCCCGUCCCUCCCCCGUCCCCGUCCCCGCCCCGGGGGCCGUCGCCACCGUUUCCCACCAUGGCUCUGAAGAGAAUCCACAAGGAAUUGAAUGACCUGGCCCGAGAUCCUCCGGCACAGUGUUCGGCAGGUCCUGUUGGAGAUGAUAUGUUUCAUUGGCAGGCUACAAUAAUGGGACCAAAUGACAGCCCCUAUCAGGGUGGAGUGUUUUUCUUGACAAUUCAUUUCCCAACAGAUUACCCCUUCAAACCACCUAAGGUUGCAUUUACAACAAGAAUUUAUCAUCCAAAUAUUAACAGUAAUGGCAGCAUUUGUCUUGAUAUUCUACGGUCACAGUGGUCUCCAGCACUAACUAUUUCAAAAGUACUUUUGUCCAUCUGUUCUCUGUUGUGUGAUCCCAAUCCAGAUGAUCCUUUAGUGCCUGAGAUUGCUCGGAUCUACAAAACAGAUAGAGAAAAGUACAACAGAAUAGCUCGAGAAUGGACUCAGAAGUAUGCGAUGUAAUUAAAGAAAUUAUUGGAUAACCUCUACAAAUAAAGCUAGGGAACUCUGAAAGAGAAAGUCCUUUUGAUUUCCAUUUGACUGCUUUCUAUGAGCCCACGCCUCAUCUUCCCCUGUGCACAUGUUUACCUGACACAGCAGUGCUGCGUGUUGUACAUACUUGGAACAACAAACCAGAAAUACUGUACUUCUGUACCAACAUUGCCUCCUAGCAGAGAGGUGUGUGUGUGUGAGAAGCCAGUUCUCCGGGCAUAACCUAGGUGUGAGACUAAAAGCUUUCUUUAUUGACUUAAAAUUGGAUAAUGGCAAGAUGUGAGAGGUAGUGGGUACACAGUGUGUGCUUGGAUGGGAGGAAAAAAGCUCCAGUGACCCAUAGGAGAUUGUUCUUAAGUGGAAUCCAUCUAAUCUGAAACAGUCAUAAAAAGCAAGGUGAAGAACAUGAAGUUGUUUCUGUAUUCAUUUCACCCUGAAGAACCUACAACUUAGGUGAAAGAGCUAUGACCAAACAGAUUAAACUCUACCUACAUUCUGUAUUUUAAGGUCUAAGUUUAACUGAACAACAUUUAAAUGGACUGGAGCUGUUAGUACAUAAAGUGUGGUGGGCUUUGUUCCCAACACUUUCACAUCUCCCUGCCCUUUCAGCCUUCUUCCUUUUAGCCCCUUUCCAUAAUCUUUGGUUUGUAUGUGGUUUCUCAGUUAAUACAUAGCUAAUAGCUCUUAUUUUUCUUAUGUUUCUAACUGCUUUAGGCCUAUUUCAAUGUAAGGGUGAAAAUUCAUUUGAUGGAAAUACUUGUGUAUAUUUAAAGACCCAGUUGCUCCUCUGGAGCUUGUACGUUCAAGAAUGAUUAAUCUGUGUAAUAAACUGAUUACUACAGUCAUUACAUAUAA